AUGACAUCAAUAGGAAGUUAAUAAAUGAUAUCGAAAAUUAUCAGUCUUUAGAAAUCUUUGUUUGAAAUUGAGAAAUUUAAAAAUCCUAACUCUACAAUUCAAUUUGUUGGUUCUGAUUAUUUCAUAAAUACUAUUCUAAAAAUAUUUUAUUUACUAUUAGCUUGCAUAAUUGAUAUUCAACUAAUGAAUUAAUAAUAAUUAAAGUUUAGACAAUAUAAAAUUAAUUGA